AUGGCACAACUAUUCGUCGGAGUUGUGGCUACAAUAGUCAUGUUUGUCAUGAUGGUCAUAAGGGUAGGUUCUAAUAAAAUUCGUAAAACUGCCAUUCUUUUUUGAACUUAACAUUUCUUUUUUAAAAAUUUUAUAUUUUAGCGACGUCGUGGACUAGACCAGUCGAGAAUCAAAGCUUAUGAGCUACGAUAUCUUAUUCAAAACACGGUUCAGUUUGUGAUGAUUAUAUUGAACAUGUACGGGUACCAUUUUAUACCAUCGAGUGUGCCAUUCCAAUCUCAACUAAUCAACUUGGAAUGGGUUUUGAUUGUCAUACAUCCAGCUUUUAUUACUAUAUUAGUUAACCGGUAAGAAGUUAUAAACGUUUUUAUCAACAAUUCAAAUCUUUCGUUGUGGGAUUUAAAUUGGGCCUCUGAGGCCCACAUUAUCGCCUCGGCCAGGUCUUUUUCAAAGUUGCUGGGCCGGACCGAGUCUAAAACUAGACCCUAGAAGUUCUUCCAGUCUGUAAAGCGUCUUAAAACAAAAGCUUAAAGUAAAGUAAUAAGAUAGUAUUACAUUGUAUAAUAGUAUCAUAAGUAGAACCUUAAUAAAAUUGAUUUCAGAGAAAUUCGAGUGUCAAUAAAAUGUCUACUGAGCAAAGAAAGUGACAUCUCCUCCACUCCAAUACAUCUUACUGCGACAGUAACUGUCUACAAUCGACCAACAACUCGAGUUCAUGUUAUUGAACUCAAAAAACAAAAGAAGACCUUCUGCUAA